GGAGGGGGCAGCGGGACACACUUGCUCUGGACAGAGAAAAAUGGUCCGUGCCCCAAACUGUUCCUUCUCCAGCGGUCAGUUCCCUUUGUCAUCUGAGAUCUUUCCAGUUAUCAAGGCUCAGAUAUGGAUCUUCUUGGUUCCAGUGGUCUUGGGGCUUGCACAGGUCGGCCUCUUCCUGGAGGAGACAGGUUUCUUCCUGCGCCAGGGCAACAGCUCUCACCGCACCACCCUCUCGCUCUGGAUCCUGGGGGUUUAUCCGGUGUUCAGCAUCACUUCCCUCCUCAGCUUGUUUGUCCCACGAGCAUCUUUCGUAUGUACAUUUGUAGCCUCCAUCUAUCACUCCAUCACCCUUUGGAAAUUCCUCGCCUUGAUUCGGGAUUUCUUUGGCGGUUCACACCAAAUGCUCCAGCAACUGAAGGGCCAGCGGGUUUCCCCAAACCCAUUCCCAUGUUGCUGCUGUUGUUGUCUUCCUGAAAUUUCAGCCAACCGGUCAAACUUGCGAUAUAUGACAGUGGCUGUGUACCAACUCUCUCUCAUCCGGACCAUCCUCUUUUUUGUCACCCUUAUCCUUUGGACUGAUGAGAAAUAUGAUUACGGUGAUGUGGGCUACACCAACCCCAACUCCUACAUCAAUGCUAUCAUAGGCGUCUCCACGUUCCUCUCCUUCUACGGCUACUUGCUCUUCUACAAGGCCACCAAGCCGGCGCUCCGUGGCUACAGCUUGCGCUCCAAAUUCGUCUGCAUCAUUUUGGUGCUUGUCCUCUGCGGCCUUCAGAGUGGGAUUUUGGAGACCAUGGGAGCCGUCGGAGCUAUUCCUUGCAGUCCACCUCUCUCCCCUGAUACCCGCUCCCAAAUGAUCUACUAUUACUCACUGGCUGUCGAGAUGUUCUUUAUUAGCAUAUUUGCCCGUUACUCUUUCCGAAGAACCGAACCACAACCAAACACCCAGCUGGGUACGCACCAAGCCUCCCAGACUGAGACAGCGGCGGCCAACCAUCGCAGCCCCGGAGAAAAUGCAGCCUGGGAGCAAACAAACACCGGCUUCCUUUGUGAGGAGGCUUUGUGUACGAUCGAGCAUUCCCCUUUGGAUCAGUUCGAUUUCAGCACGGGGGAGCCCGUAAACAAACAAGAGGCUCGGAGCAACCCACGGAGCGGGGCAUUACGGGCCCAGGAGCUUAACACAAGUUUAUCACGGCAAAAAACUUGGAUCAAAUCAACAUCAAGUGGAAGUCAAAUCGAAGGCCAGAUUGCCCCAGCAGAUGCUGAGGGGGUCACCGUUGUAUAAGCCACAGGCUCACAACAGACCUAUUGAUCCGCGGAACAUACCACCACUGGAUGUAGAGGGCAGCGGCUUAGAAUUCCAUGCUGGAGGAAGAAAGACAGAGCUGCCCUGAAGGAACACCAUCCUGGGGGAUUUCAGUCCACCUUCACUAAGCACUGACUGUGAAACUAAAGAGAGUAAUUAGUAAGAGCAAGAAUAAUGAGAAAAUAGGGAGUAUAGCAGGCAAAAGGGGAUGGUUGGAGCCUGGGAAACAAGUUGUGUUCGCUAUUGAUAAUUGUAAUUUGUCACCACUACGUUGACUUACAUAGUAUCUGUUGCUUUAAAUAUGUGCUCCUAUGAGCUAUUGCUUAUGUUCUUUUUCAGCAUUUCUUCAACCCUGUAUUAAAUUCUUACUAAUGCUAUGCCUUUGUAAACUUGUAUUUAUUUACCCUAUGGCAUUGUUUAUGGAAAUGUCUUUGAUACUGACUGUACUUAUCUCACACUAUGUAAUCUGCCUUGAGUCUCAGGGAGAAAGGCGGACUGUAAA